AUGCCAGGAGAGAACAUCCAGGGCCUGAUCCUGCAACAUGCAGUCAGGGGAAGUUUUGCUACUGCCUUAACUGACCCAGAACUGGCCAAAGAGAAGGGGCCAUCAACAAAACUGGAACGAUUAAGCAGAAAAUCCUUCUGCUUUCACCAGUCCUCCGCCGGUUCCUCCCAGGGCCCUGCUGAGCCAGCGCCACCGCGCCAUACGAAGUGGCAGCCAGCUGCUCUCCCGGUCUGUGCCUGGACAGGUCUGGAAAAGGUCCCCCCACGGAACAAGGGGCACCGUGACCGGCUGGAGGCGGCGGCGCUCCUCCUCUUGAAACAGCCCGCGUUGUCACGGGGAUCAAAGCCCGUUCCUCGCUACGGAUAUAAACCUUCACCACCAAAUGGUUGUGGAUCCCCUUUAUUUGGAGUUCAGUUUGACAUCGGUAUCCCUUUGAUGACAAAGUGCUGCAAUCACCACGACAGAUGCUACGAUACUUGUGGCAAUAAAAAAAAUGAUUGCGAUGAGCAGUUUCAGUCCUGCCUCUCCAAAAUUUGCAGAGAUGUGCAGAAAACACUUGGAAUCUCAGAGAGUGUCCAGGCUUGUGAAUCAACUGUUCAGCUGUUGUUUGAUGCGGUUAUACAUUUAGGAUGUAAACCAUACCUGGAUAGCCAGAGAGCUGCAUGUAUGUGUCGCUAUGAGGAUAAGACAGAUCUCUGAAAGAAGAUACUGAGAUCUCAUGGUGUAGAAUAAAGUGAAAGACUCAGCUGGAAUGAAGCAAGUGUUUGGUUACAAAGCUUUAUGCUUUUCAGACAGUAAUGUAUUAAACACUGACAUGAACAUACUGGUUUGAAAGUCACUACGAUAUUCUUCCUAAUGUAAAAAAGAAACAAGUCUUCCUUCUCUUCCCCUUUAUGCCAGAAGCUUGGAAACUGAAAUUAGUUUCCUUUGGUGUAUGUCUGCUCAGGGUAUGUUAUCGUAAAACACUAGUGCCAUUUUAAAGAUUUUAAGAAAACUCUGUAAUGGGGAAAUCAGAGGCGCAGAAGAGUUGUAUUGAAUUCUCAGAUGAUUUUUAAUAUAGGUCAAAUUUUAGGUUUACUAGCAGUCGAUGCAUCUGAUAGAUCCAACAGGAAAAAGCAUUUCAUGUGCGUUAAUGUGGCAUCUUAAAUAGCCUGUAUGAUGUCCAUGCUUUUGGUACAAUUGCCCUCAGUUCUCUCUGAUGUAUGCUGUCCCGUGGGUUUGUUUUUAAAAAGAAAAAAACGAAACAAAAAAA